AGUUUUGUUUUAGUGUGAACUAGUUGAAACUUCCAUUUUCUAACGUUAUAGGACUGGGCUACUUUAUCUAUAAGGGCCCACAGAAGGCAUUCCUCCUUCUGGAAUUUCUCCAUGGUCGUCUGGAGCUAUAUUGCUUAACAUGUUAUGGGGUAUUGUGGUCCUUAGGUGAUGACUUUUGUUUGAAUCAGACCGCUGAAUAGCAGUGUCUUCUAUAGUUCACCUCACUUAAUCUAUAAGGGCCCAUGCUGCGUUAAUUCAAAGUAUUUAUUUGUUAAAUACUCCGUAUAAGAUUUGAAAAUCUUCAUUCUUGGUUCAUUGUGUAGAAUUGCAAGUAUGCUACUACGUUUAUCUGAAUUCUAUUAUGGUCCAACUCCAUCUUCUCCUUGUCUGUAUUCUCCUCUCAGUAAAUGGUAGAAGACAUGUUAUAGUGUGGUACCACAUCUUAGUCUGCCUAGGCCUAACAAAUCAUGUUUCAUGUGAAGGACCCUUUUCUUGGCAGUUUGAAUAUUGAAUUGCUUAUCAUUUUUAGGCUUGUUUGGACUUUAGCAGUUAGUAAAUGCAGAAUAGAAUAGAUAGCUGAUAGAUUAUUGGCAGGUAGAAUUAGCAAAUACUCCAUAGCAGAUUGAUCCGCAAAUUUCUGUAGUAGAGCGUGUGCAAAUUAGUACUUUGUAGUUUCAAAUUAUUAGCUAUUUAUUUGAAUAUUAGGAGCUAUACACAAGGAGAUUAGUAUAUUUUACUUUGAUCAGUGAUUAAGGAACAAUUAAAUUAUGAUGGCUAAUUGGGUAAUUUAAUCUUCUCUUAUAAUUGACUUAUAAGGAGAUUAGUAAUAUUAACUAUCUGCUCCUUUUCCCGCAUCUGAUUAUCAUCAAACACCCUUAUAGAAGAAGUCAUAUGGACCAAAGGUGAGGGUUUGUAGAAUUGGUUUUAUGUUUACUUUAGCUUUGGUGUGGUAUCUAUUGUUAAGGCUGCCUAAAUCGUUGCAAAGGGGAUUUUCUGGCUCACCUAGUGCAAACAUGGACUUGUAGUCCCACCACUCAGUUUCUGUCAAGUCUCAGUCAUAUUUUUCUUAAACAAUACUGUAAUUUUUACUUUGUAUUUCCUAACUUUUCUUCAAUUAUUAGGUGCAUUUUGAAAGUGAAUACUUUUGUGUGAAUAACAUUGCUGACAUGGAAUUAUCUUAGAAUCAGAUUUGUAUUCCAAUUUCGCUAAUCUAUUCUAGCAUUUUUUGAUUAGGGAAGUUCGGAUAGCUAUCUGGGUCGUCAUUCUGGUGGGUUUGAAACAAGUGAUGGCUGUGAUGAUGGUUUGGAUCAGUUGAACAUGGACAAGGCUGUCAAGAUAUAUGAGACAUGGGUUUAAGAUAGUAGUGACAGUGACCAGCAAUAAUUGUGGAGAAAAUGCUAUGAACGUAAAGCAACAAACAGAAAAGGAAACCCAAACCCAAAAAAAAAAAAGAAAAGAAAAAGGUAUGCACUGAGGUCCACGUCCGUGUCCAAAUCCAUGCACAUAUUGAGGUAACUCUUUCUCUCUUCUGACCCCACACUCUGGUAAAUGAGUGUGUGUAUGUUUGUCUGUGGUAUAUGGAAGUAGUGCAGUUUAUCACAUGGAGAGAGAUUGGUCAUGUGAUGUAAUGCAUAAUUUAACCCUGUAUUCUCUGAGCCUACAAUGAAUCAGUCAAAUCCAGAAUAGAAUCUUCCUUAUUUUUCUAGCUCACUCUUAACAUUACAUACAAGAUGUGAAGUUUUUUUAGACAAGAUGAAAGAAAACAAAAUCAUUCUCAACGGGAAAAAUUAGGAUUUGAGGAUACAUAAUAUCUAGGAUGUUCUUUACUUGUGUUGAAUUUUUUUGAGCUAAUAAAUAGUCUAGUGAUAUGAUCGUUCGGAGAAUUGAAGAAAGUGACAAAAGCGAUUGUUUUGAUAUAUACUUAUACAUGUUAUAAUAAGGUGGUAGAUAGAACCUAGUAAUAAGUUUAUGGGGAAGGAAGGAAGGAUGGUGUGGCCGAGUGACGACAUUGACAUUAUUAGUUGUGCUAGAUAUGGCCUUGUUGGGAGAUUGAGUCUAGGAUAAGGUGACCAAGGAACAUUGACAGCUAGUGAUGGGCUUUUGAUUCAGACAAGUUAAUGUGUAUGUAUGCUCGUAGUAUAUGCUAUGAAUGUUAAAAAUGACUUGGUUAACUACUUGUGGAACAAUAUACCUUGUGUAAGUUAUAGUUAACUUCGAUUUUUUUAUUCAUUAAGAUCUUACAUUGUUAUCUCUAUUGAGGGAUGAUACAUCCAUCUUAGAGAAUGGCCUGGAAGAUAUGAUCCAAUUCCAGUGACAUUGUUACUAACAUAGGUGGUUGGAUGGUGCAUUUUAAGGUACUUGAAUGAUUUUGCCUUUCUCUGAGAUGAAGUUUUCACAAGUUAAUCCCCAUCUACCAGUGCUUUAUUGAACUAUCAUGUUGUAAUUCCACUCACUUGAAGUGUGGUUUAGCUUCUUUAGCUUACUUUUGAGUAUGUGCAUAGAACAAUAUGUUAAAAUUUAACCCUUAUGAAGAUAGUAAACUUUAUUUGUUUAUUUAUUUAUUUUAUAUAUUAGGAAACAAUAGAAAACUAAUCGCAUGUGAUGUAAUCAGUUGUUUCUGUAUCUUCUUUGGUUUUUUGGGAGUUUGUUUAUUGAUUAACAAGAAUAGGGGGUAAAGGAAAUCGGUAAGUAUAGCCUACCAUUUCCAUCAAAUGAUGAUGUUAAUAACUAGGUAAUUCAUCAUGCUGUAUUUUUUUUCUUCACUACUUUUUCUGAAUUCAUUAUUAUUUCUGUAUCAAAUUCAUAAAAAGCUGAUAAAUAGUACAAAUCACUAAAUUACUUGUAGUCUUGAUCAAUUACAACACAACAUAUUGAAUACUUGAGUUCUUAUGUCAUGACUAAUUUUCUUUUCAUCUACCAAUCGAUUAUAUAUUUAUAACAUACUACGGACUUAUGGAGUACUAAAUACUCGUAUCAACUUUUAUUUGAAUGGGGAUUAUAAUUAAGGAUGCUUUGUUGGUUUUUGAAGUAAUUUUCAUAUUUAAAAUAGUAAUAUGGACCCUACUUAGGAGAAUCUAGAUGAGUUCAUUUGUUACAGUAGAACUGUUUAACUCCCCACAUAGGGAAGCAGCUGUUAGGACAUAGUCCCACGCCCCACUAGAGUUGUGGCCGAAAGAGAGAAGAUGAAAAGUGAUUUUUUAAGGCAAAGGGUUGAGAGAAGGAACACGUUCCAACCCUUUCUCUUUCUCUUUGUAGAGUCACGGGUGUACCUUGAACAACGAAAAAACAAAUGAAUUAAUAAUAAGAUUGGGAUAUCUACUUACUGUAUACUAAACUCAUAUCAUAUGGUAGGAGAUAGGAAUGUUCCUUAUUAUAACUUUUUUCAUAUAAAAAUGAAUUUUGAGCUACUAUAUGUUAUAAUAGUUUAAUAGAACUUGGAAUAAUAUUGUCCCUUUCUCUCUCAUCCAUUGUCCUUUGCUUCUAUUUUGAAUAUAGGAUGACCCAAAGAAUAUUGCAGAAUGUACCUUGUUUUCUUAAUUAUAAUGCUGGUUUGUUAUUCCUAGUGUAUAUAUGUAGAUUCCAAUGAUUCAUUUUACCUCCAAUGUUAUGUGAAAAAUGUGUUGGAGUUUUUUUCUUUAGUGGAAGAAGAAAGGAGAAUAGAAAGAUACAAACUUUGAAAAAUGGUGAUGGUAAAAGUAUAAAAGGGUGAAUUAUAAAGUAAGAUACAGACCCCUAUUACUCUAGUAAAUUAGUAUCUUUAAAAAUAUAAAAUGUGUUUUCCUUUAUUAUUACCGCGAGGUAAAAUUUGUGUACUCACCAUUUAAGAUUAGGGGAUAAUUCUUUUAUAUGUAAAUUAAUAACUACAGUAUUAGUUACGGACCUACAGGAGGAUCAGAAAUUUGUGAGCAUGUCUUUAUGUGCUUAAAUUUAAUUAAGUUUAUGGUUGGUAAGGAUUGAGCCCAAAUCUCAUUUAAGCCAGUGUAACACGAAUAAGUUGAGUUGAGGUCCCCAUUCCUUUAGUUUUCAAAGGGAGGUGUAAUUUCUAUACUAUUUUUGCUUAACAGUAAAACAAAUUCUCCUAUAUAUUUACAGCUUCCAAGGGGGACAAUCAAUAGCUUAAUAACUUUGAUUGGAUCUCAUAAUAGCCAAAUUAAAAAUACCCUAGACUUUUCUGACAUGGUCAUAUGCUUCUUAAAGUUAGAAAGCCAGUGAGAAAGAAAAAUAGAGAAGGGAAAGGAGAGUAAGAGAGAGAGAAAGAGAGAGAGAGAGAAUCACUGCUUUUAUUUUAGUGAUUUUGUCAUAUGUUUCUGCUUCUUAAAGUUAGAAAUUUAUGAUGAGAGAGAGAGAAUAGGAGUAUGUAAAUAGCACUAGCUAGGCAGCAGUAAUAGUAGUGAGUGCAAUAGCUGAGCAACAAGUAGAGCAGCUGGAGAGCAUAUCAUAUAAUCCCCUCUUCAUUCUCAUUUCCAUCAUACUAUAUAUUAUAUCAUCAUCAUCAUCUUUAUAUCAUAGUACAUGCCCUAAGUUCUUAUCAUCUUACAUUAUUUCAAAGAAUUUAUCACUGACUACAAUGGCAUUUUUAGUAGAAAGGAGUGAUCCUCUUCUUCACCAUCAUCAUCAUCACAGCAUACAUCAACAUCAUCUUAAUCAAGAACAACACCAGGAAAUGGUGUUCUCAGUGUCAGAGUCUCAGAAAUCAGUUCCUGCUCCUUUCUUAACUAAGACUUACCAACUUGUUGAUGAUCCUCGUACCGACCACAUUGUAUCUUGGGGUGAAGAUGAGACCACUUUCGUUGUUUGGCGCCCUCCUGAGUUUGCUAGAGAUCUCCUUCCUAACUACUUCAAGCACAACAACUUCUCUAGCUUUGUCAGACAGCUUAACACCUAUGGUUUCAAGAAGGUAGUUGCAGAUAGGUGGGAGUUUGCAAAUGAGUACUUCAAGAAAGGGGAGAAACACCUAUUAUGUGAAAUUCAUAGAAGGAAAACUCCACAACACCACCACCAAAUUCACUACCAAGACCAAGUAUUACUUCCACCACAGUAUCUUCCUUCACCGCCCGAGGAACAUGGAUCUUGGAUAAACAUUGAUCAGUCUUCUCCGUUACCUUCUCCGAAGCCAAGUGGCGGGCCUAACAACGAUAUCUUAACGGCGUUAACGGAAGACAACCAAAGGCUAAGGAAGAGGAACUUCAUGCUCUUAUCUGAGCUCAACCACAUGAAAACCCUUUACAAUGACAUUAUCUAUUUCAUUCAAAACCAUGUUAAACCAGCUGUGCCUAACAAUGGAAAUGACCAAAAUCGCCCUCCUAAUUAUAAUGCAAUGGCAGCAGCACCCCCUAAGCUCAUAGAAUUGGAUGAUCAAGAUAAUCAAGGCGACGCGAGCAAGAGAGAGACCAUCAAGCUGUUUGGAGUCCCUCUUCAGAGCAAGAAAAGAAUGCACCUAGCAGAAGGAAACCUUUGAUAUGAUGAUCAAGACGACGAAUAUUAAUUAGUACUAGUAUUAUGUUAAGCACUGUUAUUAGCUAGAUGGCUAGGUUUUAACUAGUAGAGUUUUCAUUUUUACUUUGUAAGAUCAUCAGAUGUGAAGUUUUGAUUAAUUACAUAAAGAAAGUGCUUAAUUAAUUAAUUUCAUCAUUUUCAUGGAUUAUUGCAUGAAAUUUAAUUCGGAGUAUGUAUUAUGUGAUAAAGUAUGCCAUUAGUGGCAUGCAUGUGUCUGAAAACUUAGGAACUAAUUCACUAAUUAUGUUGUUGGAAAAUAAUUAUAUAUUUGUAACAGGAAUGAAGGUCCUUUUUUU